UGACCCGUUUUGAAAUGAGUGAAUUUUCUUGUGUAGAUCAUGUCACAGAGAGAUUUUUCAGAGGUGGAACCAGAAGGCACAACCGAACUGCCAGCCGCUAGUCGAGCAUUAUUUUUGGAUAAGGUUCAACAAUCUAAUGCCGCAUGCCAAGCUGGCGAUUUCGCAACGGCUGUAUCAUUAUAUACAGAUGCCUUACAAUUGGAUCCAACUAAUCAUAUAUUAUAUUCAAAUCGGUCUGCUGCACGUUUAAAACAAGGACAAUUCUCAUUAGCACUGCAAGACGCAACACGAGCCCGUGAACUAUGUCCAACAUGGCCCAAAGCAUAUUUUCGACAAGGAGUUGCUUUACAAUGUCUGGGACGACAUGGCGAGGCAUUAGCUGCAUUCAGUGCUGGUUUAGCACAAGAGCCACAAAAUACACAACUGUUAAGUGCGUUAGUCGAAGCAUCUGUAAAAAGUCCACUACGACACACGCUACAGCCAAUCUUUCAACAGUUGCAUACAAUGAAAUUGGACCAAAGUCCAUUUGUAAUAAUUUCUGUUGUUGGGCAAGAACUUUUAUCGGUUGGAUUAUAUAAUGCCGCUGUUACAGUGCUGGAAUCAGCGUUGCGUAUUGGUUCAUGCUCAUUAAAAUUACGUGGAUCGGUUUUCAGUGCGUUAAGUUCUGCACAUUGGGCAUUGAAUCAAUUAGAUAAAGCAAUCGGCUAUAUGCAACAAGAUCUAGCUGUUGCUAAAAGUUUGGGAGAUACGGCGGGAGAAUGUCGAGCUCAUGGUAAUUUAGGAUCCGCAUAUUUUAGUCAAGGAUCGUAUAAAGAAGCCUUAACAGCUCAUCGAUAUCAAUUAGUCCUUGCAAUGAAAUGUAAGGACACCCAAGCGGCAGCGGCUGCGCUAACUUCCCUUGGUCAUGUAUAUACAGCAAUUGGCGAUUAUCCAAAUGCUUUAGCAAGUCAUAAACAAUGUGUACAGCUUGUAAAACAAAUUGGCGAUCGAUUACAAGAGGCACGAGAAAUUGGAAAUGUAGGCGCUGUGUAUUUAACAAUGGGUGAAUUUGAUUCGGCUGUAGAUUGUCAUACUCAACAUUUACGCUUAGCAAGGCGCCUAGGAAAUCAAGUCGAAGAAGCAAGAGCAUACAGUAAUUUGGGAUCUAGCCAUCAUUAUCGACGUAAUUUUGCUCAAGCAAUGGCAUACCAUGAAAAAGUAUUACGAAUAGCGCAGGAUUUAGGUGAUCGAGCAAUAGAAGCAAGAGCCUAUGCUGGUUUGGGGCAUGCAGCAAGAUGUGCAGGCGAUUACGUUGAAGCAAAACGUUGGCAUGAACGACAAUUGGAUAUGGCAUUAGUAUCACGCGAUCGUGUUGCUGAAGGUCGCGCUUGUUCAAAUUUAGGAAUUGUUUAUCAAUUGUUAGGUGAACAUGACGCAGCUUUAAAAUUACAUCAGGCUCAUUUGAAUAUUGCACGAGCAUUACAUGAUCGAGCGGGUAUGGGUAGGGCUUAUGGUAAUAUUGGCAAUGCCUAUUCAGCAGCUGGACUUUAUGAAUCAGCUAUUAAAUAUCAUAAACAGGAAUUGACAAUAAGUAAAGAAGUUCAUGAUCGCAGUUCAGAAGCAUCUACUCAUGGAAAUUUAGCUGUUGCAUAUCAAGCACUAGGGGCACAUGAUAUGGCUCUUCUACAUUAUCGUGCACAUUUAGGAAUAGCACGAGAAUUGAAAGAUGCAGCCGGUGAAGCUUGUGCUUUAUUAAAUUUGGGUAAUUGUUUAAGUUCUCGUGGGGAAUUUGCACAAGCUGUUCCAUUUUAUGAACAAUAUUUAAUGUUAUCCCAAGAAUUAACGGAUGUUGAAGGUGAAGCCAAAGCUUGUCACUUUUUGGGGUAUGCUCAUUACUGUCUCGGUAAUUAUCGAGAAGCAGUACGAUAUUAUGAUCAAGAUCUAGCUUUAGCGAAGGAUUUACAAGAUAAAAUGAACAUGGGACGAGCGUAUUGUAACUUAGGUUUAGCACAUUUAGCACUUGGAAAAUUAGAUACAGCUUUAGAAUGUCAAAAAUAUUUCUUGGCUAUAGCUCACAUGACACAACAUGCGGCUGGGAAGUUUCGAGCAUUAGGAAAUAUAGGAGAUGUGCUUAUUAAAAUGGGGGACAUUGAUGAAGCAUUAAAAAUGUAUCAUCGUCAACUUGGCUUAGCGAGAGCUGCUAGAGAUCGUGGAAUGGAAGCUAGUGCAUGUGGUGCAUUAGGCUUAGCACACAGGUUACUACGGCGGCUAGAUAAGUCAUUAGGAUAUCAUACCCAAGAAUUAAACUUGCGUCAAGAAAUAAACGAUCAAGUUGGUCAAUGUAAAGCUCAUGGUCAUAUAGGUUCUACACAUAUGGCACUAGGGAAUUAUACACAAGCUGUGAAAUGUUAUCAAGCACAGUUAGAAUGUGCUCAAGAAUUACGAGAUAGUGGUGUGGAAGCACAAGCAUUUGGAAAUUUAGGAAUAGCACGAUUAAAUAUGGGCCGAUAUGAAGAAGCAAUUGGACAUUUAGAGCAACAACUAGCCACACUUGAACGAAUAAGUACACAAACAGCUCAAUUGGAUAAAGCAUGUGCUCUUGGAUCAUUAGGUGAUUGCUACGAUGCACUGGGAGAUCAUGAAGAAGCUGCAAAAUGUCAUGAACAACAUUUAGCUUUAUCGUUAGAACUUCAAAAUAUUCGUGAACAAGAACGAGCUUAUCGUGGUUUAGGAAGAUCACGAAUUGCCCUUGGAGAUCUACAACAAGCUCUAGUCUGUUUAGAAAAACGUUUGGUCGUUUCUCAUGAAUUAGGUAGUGCUGAAGCAAAAGCUGCUGCGUACGGAGAAUUGGGACACGUACAUAGUCGUCUUGGUAAUUUAGAACAAGCUGUAUCUUGUUUUGAACAUCAAAGAAGUAUAGCUCGAGAAUUAGGAGAUCGUUGUGCUGAAGCAACUUCAGCAGCAGCUCUAGGAUCAGUAUACCAACAAAUGGGUGAAUUAACUACAGCUUUAAGCUUCCAUCAAGCUGAUUUAGCUUUAGCUGAACAAUUAGGACAACCAGAACUUCAAGUUCGUGCAACAGGAAAUUUAGGACAGGUACACGAAGCUUUGGGUAAUCAUUCGGAAGCUAUACGAUAUCAAGAGCAACAUUUAUCAGCUGCAAGUGCCAUUCAAGAUCAAUUAGCACAAACCCAAGCGUAUAGUGCACUUGGACGAAUUCAUCACACAUUAGGAAAUACAACUCAAGCUGUUACAUAUUUAUCACAAGGUUUAAGCAUUGCCGAAUCUCUUGGUCGUAACGAUGAAGAAGCUAAAAUUCGACAUCGAUUAGGAUUGGCUUUAUGGGCUGACAAAAAUUUAGAAGGUGCUCAACAACAAUUGGAUAGUGCUGCACAUUUAUUAGAAAGUUUGAGAUGUGAAACAAGACAAGCGUCCGAUUUUAAAAUGUCUUUAUUCGAAUUACAAAAUUCAACAUAUCAAGCUUUACAACGAAUUCUGGUCGCUUUAAAUCGACCAGAUGAGGCUUUAGUCGUUGCUGAACGAAGUAGAACAAGAGCAUUUGUUGAUUUAUUAUUAGAAAGACAAGGUCGAACUGAAAUUGAUACUGGUCCAAAAUCAUUACAACAAUUACUUGAAUUUGUUAAUCGCCAAAAAGCUUCGGUACUCUAUUAUAGCGUAGCAGGAUGUUAUCUUUAUGCCUGGUUAAUUAUACCUUCAAGAGGUGUUGUGAAAUUUCAUGAAUCAUCACUUGCCGAAGAAGGUGAUGACACUCAAGGCAGUCUAUUGGAACGAUUAGUACAAUCCGUAAGAGAUAGUUUAGGAGUUUCCGAUGAAAUUUGGCCCGCUUCACAAACUGAUGAUGUUACUGCUGAUAAAGCUGGUUUUCUACGCAUGGUUAAUCGAAAUCAUCUAUUCAACUCCAGUAACUAUUCGUUAAGUUCAUUGUUUUCAUUGGGUUCAGUAGGAGGUUCUGUUGCUAGUUUACAAGGUUCAACACGUUCAAGUGCUAGUUUACAAGGAUCAACAAAAUCACGUAAACAAAUGCAACAAGGAUGGCAAGGUCCAAGUUGUCUUCAAGCAUUGUAUCAACUUUUAAUCGCUCCGUUUGAAGAAUGUUUACCUACAACGUGUAAUGCAAAUGCAUUACCUCAUCGUAAAAAUUGUUCUGGACGUCGAGAAUUAGUUCUGGUUUUAGAAGGAGAUUUAUUUUUGGUGCCAUUCCCCGUUUUACGAUCCGGCGUUGAGGGCCGUGAAUAUUUAUGCGAACGUUUUUCAAUUUUGGCUGUACCCAGUUUAAGUGCAUUACGUCCACCAAGAUCUACAAGACCAAAGAGCACUGAAAAUACAGUUAGUGCGUUGGUAAUUGGGAAUCCUCGACUUCCAAUGUCAGUUACAGAACAUUAUGGAUGGUCUGAUAUACCACAUGCCCAGCAUGAAGCUACUAUGGUCGCAGAAUUAUUACAAGCAAAAGCAUUACUUGGACCGCAAGCUACAAAAGAUGCUGUGCUUGCACAAAUUGCAGAUGCUGAAUGCGUGCAUUUAGCUUGUCAUGUUUCCUGGAAAUUAUCAGCAAUAGUUCUUAGUCCGUCUGAAGUAUUAGAUUCACAAACUCCAUCAAAACGAUAUUACACAACGGGUGCGGAUUCAUUAGAAGCUGAAGAUGAAAGUUGUGAAUUAUCUAGUAACGCCGAAUUACCACCAGUUUCAGAAUUCUUAUUAAGUGCAGCUGAUAUACUUAAUUUGAAAUUAUCCGCUAGAUUAGUUGUAGUUUCAUCGUCACAUACUCGAGAUCAACAAGGUUGGGCUACAUCAGAUGGUUUAGCUGGAUUAACAAGAGCCUUAAUGGCAGCUGGUGCUCAAGCUGUUUUAGUUGUAUUAUGGCCUGUGCCUGAUACAGCUACAAAAAUACUUUUACGUGCUUUUUAUUCAGCUUUAUUGCAAGGCGCACGUGUAGCUCGUGCUUUAUCUGAAGCUAUGCAAACUGUACAACACACUAAACAUUUCGCACAUCCAGCAAAUUGGGCAGGAUUUUUAUUAUUAGGUGCAAAUAUACGUUUAUCAAAUAAGGUAGCUUUAAUGGGACAAGCAUUAUGUGAAUUACUGAAAGCACCAGAUAAAUGUCGUGAUGCUUUACGUGUAACUUUACAUUUAGUUGAGAAAAGUUUACAAAGAAUACAUCGUGGUCAGAAGAAUGCUAUGUAUACAACACAAAAAUCAAUUGAGAAUAAAGUUGGUCAAGUCGGUGGUUGGAAAGAGUUAUUAAUGUCAGUUGGAUUUCGAUUUGAACCAGCUGCUAAUGGUAUUCCAAGCAGUGUAUUUUUCCCACAAUCAGAUCCGGAAGAACGGUUGACUCAAUGUUCUGCUAGUCUACAAGCUCUUUUAGGCUUAUCAUCGACAUCGUUACAAGCCCUUUCAAAAUUAAUGUCCAAUGUGGAUGUGGCUGAUGAUAUAAUUGGAGUAUUUCGAGCAAUUAUGUCCCAAUUUCAUCUUAAAAGUAACAGUGAUGACAACGAUAGUAGUAUUGAAGUACCUUUAAGUGUUCGAUUAUGGAGAGUAGCUGGAUGCCAUGAAUUAUUAGCGUCUUUAGGUUUCGAUUUAAUGGACGUUGGACAAGACGAAGUGACUUUGCGUACAAGUAAAAUGGCGAAUAGACGAAACAUUCAAUUUGUUUUACAAGCACUUUUAGCUUUAUUCGAUACACAAGAAGCACCAAAAAGUUUAAGUUUAGAUUCAUCAUCCAGUUUAGAAUCGUUAGCAUCAAUCGAUAACGAUUGUUCACAUUCUGAUAAUGAAUUAACUCCCUCAACGACUUCACGUUCCAGUGUUUUACUACGAAAUCCACAACAAACUUCACUUGUAAAGAAACAAGAAGUCGAUAUUCCAACACCUUCACACCCACCAUUAUCUUUAGGACGAGCUGGUGCAUUUACUAGCUAUGUACGUCGGCGUGGUGAACCAGAUGGUCGUACAGAACCUAGAAAUAAUUUAACUAAACCACCAGCAACAAUAGUAACCCGACCAGGGGGAGGUGGAGAAUCUGAUGCUGCAUUUACUCCAAGUCCACCAGUUAGUUUAUCAUUGGCACAUCAAACACGUAUUCGAAGUUUAUAUAGUAUGUCAGGACAAGAGCAUAAAGUUCUACGCCCAGAUAGCUCGAGUUCUGCAAGUUCAGCUACGGAUUGGGAAUCGAGUGGUCAUGCUACGGUUCUUCGGCGGCAACCAUUACCACCAUUACCUCCACCGCGAACUCAACAAUUAACGAAUUCAGGUCCUCUAGUUGAUAACAUGUUGCCGUUAACUCAAGUUUAUAAUAAUCUCACUUUAGACGGACAUAGUUCCGAUAGUGAUUUUGAAAAAGUACAUUCGAAAACAGUUAUACAAUCAAGACGAUUUAAACCACCUAGUGCAAGUUCUGGUACAAAUAGUCUAUUUAAAGCCACUUCAAAGAAAGCACAUAUUGAUAAAUUAAGUUGUUGUAACGAUAUUUCUGAUACAAGUACGACAUCGAAAUCGUUAACAUUACCGUCUAACGAUGAUACGGUAUCGGGUAACGAACGCUUAUUAUACUUUUCACCAACGGAUAGUUCUACUUUACCUGUGGUGAAAGGAGUUCUACCAAAAGUAAGCUCAGAUAACGAUGGAAAGAGUUCUGAAAGUAAGAUAUCGAAUUCAAAUGCAAUGCAAGAUUCGAUAAUGACCACACAAUUACGAAACAUGACACGAGAAUUAACACCAACAAUUUCCGAAGUGUAUCAUGAACGUAAUAUUGGAUUAGGUUUAGCACCACCGUUGGCAAAAUUAUUACUCAAUCAAAAUACAACAAAUUCCACCGGAAAUGAUAAUUCUGUUUUAGAUAAAUUAAAAUUAAAUAAUUUAAGUCUGGUCGAUUGUGAAACGGAACCAACAAAAGAGAGUAAUAAUAAACCAUGGUUACCAGGUGCAAAUACCAGCGCACCCAGUGUACAAAAUGCUGAUUUAACAACGGCUGAUAUUUUGGUGCGAGAAGCAAAACGUAAUGAAUUAGCUGCACAAGCUGCCGCUACUGCUUUGGAUAAUAGUAAACGUUCUGUAUCACCGUUUAGUGAAAUGUCACGACGUGAUGAAGGUGACGGUCGAAGUAUUGCUGAUUCACAAUGUUCGAGUAGUUAUAAAGUUGCAUCAAUACAACGAAAUCGUCAUCAAAUACCACCAGUACCCAGUCAUCGAACACGAAAUCAUCGACCAUAAAAAUCUAAACCUUAUGAUUUUGGUAUUUCGAAAUAGAAUAGCUAUUUUCUAUGAAAUUGAAUUCGCUAAAUCAGGUAUAAUCACAGUCAAAUUGUGGCAACACUUGAUUUUUGUCAUAAAUCUUCAUUUUGAUCAUUGGAAAAGAACAGCUCGCGUGUCUGAGUGGGACUAGUCAAUUACGAAAAUCAUACCCACAAAAAUUCAUUCACGAGAAAUCAAAAUUUUCGAGUUAUUUACUCUCGCUUUGACACGUCGAGCUUAAUAAACGUUUUUAUUGUCUGAAAGAAGCUUUUUUCCAAAAAUCAAAAUAGUUUCCACGUUAUAUAUCUUUAAAACGGGACGUGUUGCGUUAAACCAUAAAGAUUUGGUUGCUAUUUUCGUAAUCAGUAAGUUCAGAAAAUAGUUUGAUAAAAAAGUACCAAAAGUCGAAAUUUGUCCCACAGUGUUGCAAUCAAUGUGAAAAUGUCAGUUUACAAUACUUUUACUCGAAAAUUUUUGUACUGAUUGUCGGAUUGCGGGAAUUUUGCUGAUAGAUUGCGACAAACCUGCGAUAAGCGAGCGAUAUGCUUCCCUGGCCAUCAAUUGUGCCAAAAGCGUAGCUGACAAAAGAGAUUACUAAAUUUAAAGAGAAUCUAAUGACAAAUAAGUUUAACAUUAGACGGAACUUUAAUUCGUUCCAAUGUUCCGUUGGAACAAACGUACUUUAGCUAAAAUUCACAGUAAUAAUACAAAAUUGAAUCUUUAAAUAAUGUGGACCAUAGCUAUCCGAUACGAUAUGCUAAAUCAAGAACAAAUUCGGCUAAGAAGAAGGGCGCAUUCUAUAGGGUUUCCGUUAAGAGUGACCAGAAAAUUUCCAUUAAACA